AUGGGUCAGAAAUCAUCACGUAUUAGCAGCAGUAGGGUUAUCAAUAAGAAUAAUAAUAAUAAUAUAGAUUAUUCACAAUUUUUGGAAAAGAGUAAUCAAACUAUAUUGCCAGAUUUAAUAUGGAGGAAAAUAUUAAGUUUGUUGUCAGAGUUUGAAUGUGGAUAUCAUAGGUAUGAGUGGAAUCCUCUAUCGUUGUCAUUGAUAUCACACUAUUGGUUGGUGAAUAUCUUAGCGAAAUCAACACUUAGAAUAACAGUAACCAAUCAUCGAUCAUUAUUUCUUAUCAACUAUCCAUUCUCAUAUCAAAGAUCUUUUAAAAAGUUUAAUAGUUAUAGUUUAAAUAAUAUUAAUAAUAAUAAUAAUAAUAAUAAUAAUAAUAACAAAGAUAUCAAGUUUAAAAUCAAUAGAUUUACAUUGAUAUUUGAUAAUGAUAAUAGAUUAGAAAUAAAGGAAUUUUUUCAAAUGGUAAGCGAUUACUAUUGGAUCGAUUAUUAUAAUGAGGUAUUGCUCGAUCAUUGGCAAAUCAACUCGAUGACCAUUGUAAACCUACCGGAUUCACUGAAGCUUCAUUCUCUUGCGAUUGCUCCAACUCUAAAGAGACUUACCGUUUACUCGAUGAAUGCCAAUAGAGUACAAGUCAGAUAUUUCACCAGUCUCGAGAGAUUCCACUUGGAACAGAGUCAUUCUUCACACACCGAACUACUGCCACCGGUACUGAAUGCCAACGAGUUAAAGUCGCUCACUUCUCUCUCGAUAGCAUCUUGUUUCAACAAUAGGUUACCAUGGCAAUCAAAUGAUAGUGUUAGCGCUCUAGUGAAUCUAAAAACAUUGGAAUUGAAUCAUAUUCAUAUAUACCAAUGGAUACGAAACCAAGUAAACGACCUACCUAUUCAACUCUCGCGACUAUGUCCGAAUGUAACAAAGUUAAAGUUGAAUCAUGUAUAUCAUAGAAUGGUGCAUACCUAUAACUUAACAGAUAGGCCAUCCUCCUUGUUAGGUGAUUUGAAACAUCUAAGCUAUCUAUCGAUUACCAAUAAGUCUCCAAUUACUAGCUAUCGUGACAGAGACAACCAUACACUCAACCAGGAAUACACUGCCGACGUCGGACUUACCAAUAGAGUAUUCCUACUAGAUAUUCACACAAUAGGUCAACAACUAGAUACACUCAAACUCAAGGGAGUUACACCAUUUCAAUCACUGCUGACAUCGAUCAACCAUCUAAGCAGACUUCGUCGUCUAUCGAUAUCAGAUUACCUCGAGAAACAUCAUGUCGAUUCGAUUCUCAGUUGCGAAUCACUGAUAAGGCUAUCUGUUAACUUUAAAUUCGGCAAUGUAUUAUUAUAUUUCUUGAAAAACAACAAACAUAUUAAAAUAAUUAAAGAUAACAGAUUCUCUGGCUGCGAUACCAACUCUUUAAUCGAAACUCUAGGUGCUAUCAAAACAAACAACAAAGAUAAUAAUAAUCAAACAAUAAUAGAAGAACUUAAAUUGAUUUGUCACCCUGAUGAUUAUAAUACAAUACAACAACAACAAUUGAACCAACUUGCUACCAACUACUUUGUAACAACCAAUUUUAAAAUAUCAAUCAUUAAUCAUCAAUAUUAUAAACAACCAAGAAAAAUGAAUCAAUCACAAUACUUUAUUAAUCCUGUACCACUAAAUGAUCCUAAUGAAAAAUGA